CAUCAGCUGUGAACCCCGCACUGCAGACUCACCUCCCAGCAGACAUGAAGGCCGCCCUGGUACUCGUCUCGGCACUGGUCAUCAUUGUGGUCGCCGCUGCUGAAGAGAAGUACACCACCAAGUACGACAACGUCAACCUGGACGAGAUCCUCGCCAACGACCGCCUGCUCAACAAGUACGCCCAGUGCCUGCUGGAGAACGACGAAAACAACUGUACGGCCGACGGGAAGGAGCUCAAGAGUGUCAUCCCUGACGCCCUGAGCAACGAGUGCGCCAAGUGCAACGAGAAGCAGAAGGAGGGCACCAAGAAGGUGCUGAAGCACCUCAUCAACCACAAGCCCGACGUCUGGGCGCAGCUCAAGGCCAAGUACGACCCAGACGGCACCUACAGUAAGAAGUACGAGGACAGGGAGAAGGAACUACACCAGAGAGUGUGGGCAUCAGCUGUGAACCCCGCACUGCAGACUCACCUCCCAGCAGACAUGAAGGCCGCCCUGGUACUCGUCUCGGCACUGGCCGUCAUUGUGGUCGCCGCUGCGGAGGAGAAGUACACCACCAAGUACGACAACGUCAACCUGGACGAGAUCCUCGCCAACGACCGCCUGCUCAACAAGUACGCCCAGUGCCUGCUGGAGAACGACGAAAACAACUGUACGGCCGACGGGAAGGAGCUCAAGAGUGUCAUCCCCGACGCCCUGAGCAACGAGUGCGCCAAGUGCAACGAGAAGCAGAAGGAGGGCACCAAGAAGGUGCUGAAGCACCUCAUCAACCACAAGCCCGACAUCUGGGCGCAGCUCAAGGCCAAGUACGACCCCGACGGCACCUACAGUAAGAAGUACGAGGACAGGGAGAAGGAACUACACCAAUAAGCACUGUACUCUCGCGUUUCCACUGAAUAAAUGUUCCGUUAUAAUAAAAUAUAUCAUGUAACUA